AAAAAGAGAUGAAAAAUUGCAGCUUUUUGAGACUGACUUGAUUCUCAGGCGAGGGUUUGAAGAGCAGCGAAAAGGAGGAAUCGCUUUCGGUUUAGCGAAGUUUGGUCGACGGGGAGCGGUGACUGUGAAGCCCGGAGCCUCGCGGAUCUUAUGGAACAGACCUUGUCGGAGGCCGACAAUGGUAUUGAGUGCUUGAACAAUGUCGAUGCUGCGUCAGGGCUUUCCAACUCGACCAGCCAGCAGCUGACUCCAGCGGACCGCCUGCCUUCCAGCAACUUUGACAGGGCAAAUCUGCACUUGGGAACCCCACAUCCACGUGCACCCGAGAACAAAACCGAGCCCCGAACCUUCCCUGAUCCCAAAAUGAUGUCUAACGAGGAUAAAACCCCCGAAGACGACGGAUCAGACCGCAGCAAUGCUUCCAGCAACUCAGCUUCAGAAGAAUCCAACCACUCUGCCUCAGGAUCGGAAUCAGGCAGCCAGUCGGAAAGUGAACAAGGAAGUGAGUCUAACAAUAGCAGUUCGGAAUCUUCGGAAUCCCAGUCUGAAUCGGAAAGUGAAUCGGCUGGAUCCAAGUUACAGCAAGCUGCCACAGAGAACAAGGACAAGCCUUUGAGUAAGAAGGAGAGAAUAGCUGAUGUUAAAAAGAUGUGGGAAGAAUAUCCAGAUGUUUAUGGGGUUAGGAGGUCAAACCGCAGCAGACAGGAACCGGCUCGACUUAACGCUGGACCUGAGAGCAGUGAAAACUCUGAGAAUGAGACUCCAAGGCGACGAGGGAGAAGAAGAGCCACAAAUUGGAAAAAUGCAGUAUCUGAGAAUGAAGAGGAGGAGGAAGAGGAGGAAAAAGAAGAGGAAGAGGAGGAAGAGGAGGAGGAGGAGGAUGAAGAGGAGGAAGAAGAGGCAGCUAGCAGUGCUGAAAGUGAACCUGAAAGAAAAGUCAGAGCCCGUCGACCAGUUACCAGGAGACCACCAGCCAGGACUCAAGUUAAAAGACAGAAAACUCGGAGGGGAAAGAAAAGGAGAAGGGAUUCUUCUGAUGAUGAUGAUGAUGACGACACUCCCAAACGACAGACACGCAAGUGUGUGACAAAAAAUGUGAGUUAUAAAGAAGAUGAUGAUUUUGAGACUGAUUCAGAUGAUCUCAUCGAAGUUACAGGAGAGCCAGCACGGGAGGAGAAUGAUGACAGCGAAACCAUUGAGAAAGUGAUUGACUCCCGCAUUUGGAAAAAAGGAGUUGUCGGAGCCCCAACCACAGUCUACGCAGUAGAGGCUGAUGGGAAUCCAGGGGCAGACUUCGAUCCGGAGAAGGAUGAGAAGGAGGUGCAUUAUCUGAUCAAGUGGAAGGGCUGGUCGUAUAUCCACAACACCUGGGAAAGUGAAGAGUCGUUGAGACAGCAGAAAGUGAAAGGACUGAAGAAAUUAGAGAACUUCAUCAAAAAGGAGGAAGAAGUAAACCAGUGGCUGGCCAAAGCGUCUCCAGAAGAUAUAGAGUAUUACAACUGUCAGCAGGAAAUGGCUUUUGACCUCAAUAAGCAAUACCAGAUCGUAGAGAGAGUGAUUGCUAUGAAGACCAGUAAAUCUUCAUCCAGUCACACUGAAUUCCCAUCACAUUCCAGCCACAAAACAUCAUCCUCUGGCCAGCCCGACUACCUGUGUAAGUGGAUGGGUUUGCCAUACGUGGACUGCAGCUGGGAGGAUGGAGCGCUUAUUUCCAGAAAGUUCCAGGCGUGCAUUGAUGCCUUCCAUAACCGCCACAAUUCCAAAACUAUUCCCUCGAAAGACUGCAAGGUGCUGAAACAGAGACCUAGGUUCGUUGCCAUGAAAAAGCAGCCUUCCUACAUUGGCAGUGACGGCUUGGAAUUGAGGGAUUACCAACUUGAGGGCCUGAACUGGCUCGCUCACUCCUGGUGCAAGUGUAACAGUGUGAUUCUGGCUGACGAAAUGGGUUUGGGUAAAACAAUCCAAACCAUCUCAUUCCUCUCAAACUUGUUCAAUCAGCAUCAGCUCUAUGGUCCCUUUCUACUGGUUGUCCCGCUGUCCACCCUCACCUCCUGGCAGCGAGAGUUCGACAUCUGGGAGCCCAACAUGAAUGUGGUUGUCUAUAUUGGCGAUGUCAUGAGCCGCAAUACGAUCCGGGAAUAUGACUGGUUACAUCCUGAGACAAAGAGGCUGAAGUUUAACGUACUGAUAACAACAUACGAAAUUCUGCUGAAAGAUAAGAAUGUUUUGGGGAGUAUAAACUGGGCUUUCCUGGGAGUGGACGAAGCUCAUCGAUUGAAGAAUGAUGACUCCCUCUUGUACCGGACUCUGAUUGACUUCAGAUCCAACCAUCGGCUUCUGAUAACAGGGACACCGCUGCAGAACUCCCUGAAAGAGCUCUGGUCACUCCUGCACUUCAUUAUGCCUGAAAAGUUUGAUUCCUGGGAGGACUUUGAAGAGGAACAUGGGAAAGGAAGAGAAAAUGGUUUCCAAAGUCUCCACAGGGUGUUGGAGCCCUUCCUGUUACGCAGAGUAAAGAAGGACGUUGAAAAAUCACUUCCUGCCAAAGUUGAACAGAUCCUAAGAGUGGAAAUGUCAGCCUCACAGAAGCAGUAUUACAAGUGGAUAUUGACACGAAAUUACAAAGCGCUCACCAAGGGAACCAGGGGGUCUUCAUCGAGCUUCCUCAACAUCAUGAUGGAGCUGAAGAAAUGCUGCAAUCACUGUUACUUGGUCAAACCGUGUGAGGAGAAUGAGAACCUGACAAGCCAGGAAGUGUUGCAGAACCUGAUCAAGAGCAGUGGCAAGCUGAUUCUGCUGGAUAAGCUGAUGUCCAGGCUUCGAGAGAGAGGAAACCGAGUGCUUAUCUUCUCUCAGAUGGUCCGAAUGUUGGAUAUCCUUGCUGAAUACUUGACCAUUAAACACUAUCCAUUCCAGCGUUUAGAUGGGUCUAUAAAAGGGGAAUUAAGAAAGCAGGCUUUGGACCACUUCAACGCAGAAGGAUCUGAGGACUUCUGCUUCCUCCUCUCUACGAGAGCAGGGGGACUUGGGAUUAACCUGGCCUCAGCUGACACUGUGAUUAUCUUUGACUCUGACUGGAAUCCUCAGAACGACUUGCAGGCUCAGGCUCGAGCUCAUAGGAUAGGCCAGAAGAAGCAGGUUAAUAUUUACCGCCUGGUUACAAAAGGGACUGUGGAAGAGGACAUCAUUGAACGUGCCAAAAAAAAGAUGGUCCUAGAUCAUCUCGUGAUCCAGAGGAUGGAUACUACGGGGCGGACAGUGCUGGACAGCUCUGCUCGUCCUUCGCACUCGACGCCGUUCAACAAGGAAGAACUUACAGCAAUCUUAAAGUUUGGAGCCGAGGAACUCUUCAAAGAGCCGGAGGGCGAGGAGUCUGAGCCACAGGAAAUGGAUAUUGAAGAGAUCCUGCGCCUCGCAGAAACACGAGAGAAUGAACAGUCUGUGAGUCCAACAGAUGAACUGCUGUCGCAGUUCAAGGUGGCGAACUUCACCACAAUGGAGGAGAACGAACCCGAAGUGGAUGAGAAGCAGAUUAAGGAAUGGGAUGAUAUCAUCCCAGAGGAGCAAUGGAAAAAGAUUGAAGAGGAGGCACGGCAGAAAGAACUGGAAGAAAUUUACAUGCUUCCAAGGAGCAGAAGUUCAACUAAAAAGGCUCAGGCAAAUGGCAGCGAUUCAGAUGCUGGAUCACGACGAAGGCGGCAGAGAUCAUCAGGGUCAGAGAGCGAAACGGAGGAAAGCGAUGACGAGGAGAAGCGACCGAAGCGGAGAGGCCGUCCACGGACAGUCCGGAGAGACAUGGUGGAUGGCUUCACAGAUGCCGAAAUCAGGAGAUUUAUCAAGAGCUAUAAGAAGUUUGGCGCUCCUCUUGAAAGGCUCGAGGGCAUUGCUCGUGAUGCAGAGCUGGUAGACAAGUCCAUUGCAGACCUCCAGCGAUUGGGUGAACUCAUACAUAACGGCUGUGUGAUGGCCCUCAAGGAAUUCGAAGAGCAGCUAAAAGAAAACCCUGGGCUGGAGGGAAAAGGUCCUGGAAAAAAGAGGGGACCAACUAUCAAGGUUUCUGGUGUCCAGGUCAAUGUCAAAUCGAUUCUCAUUCAUGAAGACGAGUUUGAGGCUUUGCAUAAAGCCAUUCCCAUCGACCCUGAGGAAAGAAAAAAGUACCGUUUACCCUGCCACGCGAAGGCUGUGCAUUUCGAUACAGAUUGGGGUGUGGAGGAGGAUUCCAAUUUGCUGAUAGGGAUCUAUGAGUGUGGCUAUAGCAACUGGGAGCAGAUAAAAAUGGACCCAGAUCUACAGCUUACCAAUAAGAUUCUCCCAGAUGAUCCUGACAGAAAACCACAAGCCAAGCACCUCCAGUCGCGAGCUGAUUAUCUGAUUAAGCUUCUGAAGAAAGACAUGAUCAAGAAGGAUGCUUUGAAGCAGGAAGAGGAGACAAAACCAAAGAAAAGGAAACCGAGAGUGAAGAAAGAGAAUAAGGCACCCAGACUGAAGGACGAAAGCAGCAAUGACAUUACGUCCCCUCGGCUUUCAGACAAUGCUUCCGAGGAGGAUGGAGAGAUGAAGGACGGUGGCUUGGACCGAGCUCCUGUGAAGAAGAAGCUGAAGAAGAAAGACAACAAGGAAAACAAGGAGAAGGGUGAUCCCAAGAAGGAGAAAGAUGGGCAGAAAGGGAAAAAAAAGACCAAGACAAAGAAGGACAAGCAGAUUAAGUCUGAUGCUAAGGACAGGAUUCGGAAGUCUGUGUCCAAGGGUCCAGUCCAUAUUACAGCAGGCAAUGACCCAGUGCCGAUUGGAGAGGAGGGCGAGGAUGAGUUGGACCAGGAAACAUUCAGCAUUUGCAAGGAACGAAUGAGGCCGGUGAAGAAAGCUCUGAAGCAGCUGGACAAGCCAGAAGAUGGGCUGUCUGAGAAGGAGCAGCUCCAGCACACCCGCAGCUGCCUGCUGAAGAUUGGUGACCGAAUUAGUGAGUGCCUUAAAGCAUACACAGACUCUGAGCAUGUCAAGAUCUGGAGAAGAAAUCUCUGGAUUUUUGUCUCCAAGUUCACUGAAUUUGAUGCCAGAAAAUUGCACAAACUGUACAAGCUAGCACAGAAGAGGCGAUCCCAGGAAGAGGAGGAACAGAAGAAGAAGGAGAAUAAUUCCGAGAGCAAACGUCAGUUUAAACCGGAGCCCUCGGGUUCAAGUCGGGAUUCCAUGAAUUCUCAGUCACAUGCACAGCAUGGGCCCCAUGCUCCUCAUCUACUUCCACCCCAUCAUCAGCAGCAAAUGCAUGGCCAUCACCGGGAGCCCUAUAAUCAGCUCAACAAGCGGCCUUUCAACAAUUCAGAUCGGGGAGACCGACAGAGAGAUCGGAUGUACAACUACAGUAACAAUAACCAGCAGUGGGGACCUGACCGGCAUCACCCAUAUGACCAACACAGAUAUAAGGACCAUCACUUUGGGGACCGGAGGCCGCGCGGAGAUCCCCACAGGAACUCUGGCAAUUAUCGGCCAAAUAACAUUCACCGCAAGAGACCAUACAACCAGUAUGGCAACGAGCGAGACCACAGAGGUCACCGGGAUUACUAUGACAGGCGUCACCAGGAUCUGAAACGACGCAGGUCAGACGAGUUUAGACCUCAGGACCACCGCAGUUUGGGGCACCAACCAGACUUCCGGAGAUUGCCCGAUCACAGACCCCCUGGGGCCUACCACAGCCAGGGACCUUCUGAACACUAUAGACCCUUUCACCUUGAAAAGCCGAUGGAGCACAAGGCACCCACAGCAGACCAUCGUUCACCGCUCUCUCAGAAAUCGCCACAUGAUUCGAAAUCCCCUCUUGAGCAUAGGUCCCCUCUGGACCGCUCACUGGAACACAAGAAUACUCCUGACUAUAACUGGAACGUAAGGAAAACGUAGAGUCCACUCUGAGGAAAAUGGGAAACUGCUCUACAGUUCUCCAUUUUAUAAAUUUAAAAAAAAACCCACACUUUCCCUAUUCUCACCACACACGAAAAGUUGAACGACUGCGCUGUGAUGUCGUUUGCACAAUGAAUGUGAAACAAAUUAGAGAGAAAGAAUGAGGGGAGAUUUCUGCUGCUUGGACACGAACGCUCGCAAUUUUGAACCUUUCUUUAAAAUGAAGAUGGCGUCGGCACGGAGAUCAAAUUCGUGCAUACGUGUUCGUUCUGAAAACCUCGUUGGUCAGAGAGGGAAGGGAAAAGAUUGGGCUUUUGGAAGAUGAUGGCAGCUGCUUUGCAGCCAGUAAUUUUGAUGACGUGUUAAAGGACUGUCCCAAGUAGGAGGUCAGCAGAGAGUGCAAUUCGCAAAAGAUGUCAUAUCUCCUGUCAGCUUUGUCUGUUCAUGGUCUCUGCCAAAAUAUUUCUAUGUUUUAUCCUAAAUGUGCGUGAUGAAUACUCUCUCUGUGCUGAGUAGUGUUGGGCAGGUCAAUUCUUUUUCUAAAUAGUGUUCCAAAUUCAGCAGAGGAACUAAUUUGCAGUUCCAUGCUAAUAUAUAGAGAGCGGUACCAGUGUUGAGGCAGAGAUGGGGGUAGCUGGACAUGUUACCCUGUCUUCUAGCACUACCGUAACUUGCCCAAGAAAUACCAAAAAAAAAGGGAAAUGGGAUUGUCUGAAAUUCUUCCAUAGACGCGUGUUUAGUGUCUGACUAGAAGGGACGGAACGGUAAAGCAGAAUGGUCAGGGGAUUAGCACUUUGUGUUCAGUACAAAUGCGCCUUGUUCCAAUUCCUGGAAUCUGUCUUUAGAAUAUAGUGUUGUCAUUUUGCAGCAAAAGUAUUAGGACUUUACAAACACAAGAAUUACGAAAGAAAAUAUCAGUAUCUUGAUUCUAACGGCCAGUCUUCACGAUCUGCAUUUUAGAAGCUAUGUGUCGCACUUGGUCACAAUGUAAGCACUUUGUUCUGUUUGCUUCCCCUCGCCUUGCCUGCCCAAAGCUUCCUUCAACCUUGGAUAUUGUGGAUCGGUCAACCCUCAAGUAAAAUGACCUAUUUUUUUAUAACCUUGUUCCAGCCUAUGUUUGAUGAGCUGGGUGGGGAUGGGGAGUGAUAGUUUGUACGUUUAAAAAAAAAUCUAAAAUAGUGGAGAAAGAGGGAGGAAUGCUUAACCGGAGUGGGAAGCUAGGCUCUGUUUUACCAGAGAAAAGGUCUCCAGAUGACUGUGCCAUAGGUGUAAAGGCAGCCGAUCAUCAGUGUUUGGGUUUCAGCAUCUCUCAGAGUUGUUGGACGCAGAGCUGGCUGAAGGGUAUCCGGAGUGGUGUUCCUUUCAGUGUUUCAAGUUGUGGAGAAUGUGGCCCUUCAUCUCCCUGACACACCUUCCACCCUCCCCUCCCUUUUUCAAUCCAGCUGCGCUCACCUGCAUACGCAUCCACACCCACCUAUGCAUGCACUCACGCAGCGUGCACGUUUGUGCCUAGGCACACAUGCACCCAGUCACCAACCAACUCUCUUGCCCAGAUCAUGGCUGUGGGCAUUCUACUUAGAUCAGCCCAACUAAAUUUAUCAUAUUUUUAAAAAUCCCUUUUUGCAGUUCCCAAGAACUUGGUUUAUUUAAAAAAACUGAUUUCCAAUCCGUGUUUAUUAACUCACCCAUAUAUUGAUGCACUGAACAGGCUCUGGAAUCUUGCUUCCACAAACAUAUUUUCAACUGCACUUGGUGAUAUUCAAUGUGCUUCAUGUUCCCUUGUCUCUCCUCCAAAGCUGCAUUAUUUGUGAUACCAAAUAACAGGAACAAAUUACUCAGACCUGAGUAAUCAAAGAUUGAAUAAAAUGUGCAAACUUAAGGUGCAUGAAACUGGAUCUCCCCAAAUCGCACUGUAAACAAUGAAAUGCCUCCUCUGCAGAUAUGACUUGAAUUAAAUCAUAAUUUAAAAUUCCCACAGAAUUUAAUUUUUUUAAAAACUGAAUAUGGACAAUUGUAUGGCUCAUGUUUGCCAAAGUUCCAGCCAGUCCUUCAACAGUCUUUGGCCCCAAAGGUAGGGUUCUGCGUUGAACAUGACAGCAAGUGUCGCAGUUGCUACUUGCUCCUCGAAUAAAGGGGUCAGUUUGUGGGGGAAGGGGGCUGCGCAUCAGCCUCCACUGCACAACGUUAACACUCAGUGUGAACUCACUUUACGGUUCACGGAAUCUGCUAAUGAGGGAUUGCCCCUGGUACGGAAGAGGCAACCUGAUUGGGCAGUCUUGACAGGAGUUAAGCAACAGUGGUUCAAGUUGGCAGCUCGCCACCAUUUUCUCGAGGGCAAUUAGGGAUGGGCAAUAAAUGUUGUCCUUGCCAGCGACGUCUGCAUCCCAUGAACAAAUACAUUAAAAAAAACAUUCACAGUUUUUUAAUGGUGCAGCCCUCUAUAUGUCUGGUAUACUGAACCAGAAGGCAUUUGACUUCACAGUGGACUUGUUAUGGUGUUUUCCCCCCUGGUUGUUUGAAUUAUUAAAUGAGCAAUUUCAAAAACUCAACGAAAUACUGAUUUUGGGGCACAGGAAGGCUGAAGGAAUUGUCUCCCCUUCUGAAUGGUGUGCUCAUAGAGAACUGAUCUGUUCAUUGGUCUCUGUGUAACCUGUUAUUUAAACUCAGUUCUCUGUCUUUCCCUUCUCCACUGUUUUGCCCAGGUGACAAGUCCAGUGGAAACCCCAGCUCUCUCAAAGCCCCCAGUAUUUCUCCAUCUCAGUUACAGACUGACCCAUUUCAUAAUGUCACAUCCCUUCAACACGGCAGUGUGGACAUGUUGCUGAUUUAAUUGUACAGUUCUGUCACUUUGCUGUACCGUACCUAAUGCUAAAAUGUGCUGUGCAUAUGGACCGGUGUGUCACUCAACAAUUUACUGCUGAAGGCCACAGGCCCCCUGAAGGUCUUGUUUCAGGACCAUUCUCAGGCCUGGAGCACGCUAACUGAGUGUGACAAGACAUGAGUUUGUGACCUCAAUCCUUAACAGUGAGCUCCUGAUUUUAAUUGUGUCACUCUGGGUUGGGCACUUCACCACAGGAAGAGGAGGUUUGAAAAGAGACACUUGGGGGUGGGGUGGAGCUGGUGAACAGUUCCAUUAACUGGGUCAUUCUGCUUUCUGUAUAGAAGCUAGACUAAUGCUCUCUCCUGAUAUAAUUCCCACAUUUUACUGGAGAUGACAAAACAGCACUGAAUCCUAGCUCAGGCAAUAUCUUACCAUCAAGCAGGCUAUGAAUGGUGAAUCCAGAGACACGGGAAGAGCAACUAUGCUGAGCCUUUAUAUAUGCGCCACUGUUGCCUAGGGUCAAUAUUAGUUCAGAAUAGUCCAGGUUUGUGAGAGCCAACAUUCUGAAUCUAGAUAGAGCUUCAUACAUAAAGAAUAAGAGUUGGGAAGAGUGUAUUUGUUACAUGUUGGCUUGGUUUAUAAUGAUCCAAAAGGCACUUCUAUAAUUGUGCUGAUUUCUCCCUUUUUUCAAUGCAAGAAUUGUGGGUCAAGGACCUGACGAGAGUUGAGGUUUACAUUUAGGACUCUGUGAAAAUCUAAGGUUACAAUAGCCAACAAAAACGUGGCUGGCGGCACUGGGCAAGUUGUACGAAAUCAUGGGUGUGUGAUGAACCUUCUAAGUGGCAGAGAUGAAGAUGCUCCCAGUGGUCUGGUGCACAGGGGAAAAAAAUUCAUGGCCCCCCGCCCCCCCUACCUUGCUGAGCAGUUUGUGAAUAAAGCUUUUCUACCAAGGGACUUGUAACAGUGAACAGUGGGCAUUCAUGCCGGUUCAUGCCAACAAGGACCAGGAGUAAAAGCACUUGUGGAGCUGCUUCUGAAGAAAACUCAUCAGUGAUGAGGAAAACUCAAUGGCAAACCUCAGCUGAAUUUUGUUAGCCUUCUCUCAGUGCCAUUGUCAUGAGUUGUUGAGAGCCAUACCGUGCUUUGGUAUGACAGAUACACGCACGAGCACACAAGUGCAACUAACUUCUAAUAAUUUUUAUUGCUGAAAAAUUCCAAGACAUUCUGUAGGGCAGAGUUUUGUUGUAUUUCUCUAGCCUCCUGGCCUUGAUUUCUUCAGAUCUCCCACAUGAGUAACAGGCUGCUGUCACCUUUCCAAAUAUUGCCUCCAUGCAUCAGAUGCGGUGAAGCUGUAGCAAAAAUAUAUUCCCCGAUUUUAAUUUUUUUUUUAAAAGAUCUUUUUUAAAUGGCUCUUGCCUCAAAUUCUAGAGACAGCAACGAUGAAGAGGAUGUCAGUGAUGGAAGAAGAUAAAAGGAAAUACGCUGCCAACAGUCCCACAUAAUUUUUGUUUUGCUAAGAGGGUCGGUACAGAGUUUCUGUAAAACUUGUGGACUUUUUAAAAUGACUUUAAAAAUAAAGUAAAUAUUAAUUUAUAUUUGUGAAAAGGCCACUGUUAGUGCAUUUUGGUGUAAAUACUUUGUUUAUAGUACGUAUUAAAUUUUCCUACACCUUAA